AUGAAAAUAUCCUGGGUUAAGGAUAAUCCUCCAAUCCUACGUAUUGCAUUAGCAUUUCCCAGGGUCAUCAGCGUAUAUGACGUAAAUACUUUACAAAUUCUGGAUGAUCAAUGGCGCAAAUUACCCCAUGCAAAUAUACCAAAACAAAUAAAACUGAAAAGAAAGUCUGGUAGUCGUAAACGGAAACUGGUCUACAAUGUGGACGAUUCGGAGCUGGCGGAUCUUGUAAACUACGGAAGUGAUCCAGAUGAUGACGAGGACGUGGACGAAGAUGACGACGUCUUCGGAUAUAUGCAGUGUCUUCGAAACGAACGAAUCUAUUUAGGUUCGUUGAUGGAUUUCGAUGCUCCGAUGGACCUGCCUACCGAGCCGUCAUCAUCGGCAGAAUUAAUUAGCCCGCCGCCAUCCACACCCGCGCCAUCCACACCCGCGCCAUUCACAUCCGCGCCAUCCACACCCGCACCAUACACACCCGCGCCAUCCACAUCCACGCCAGCCACAUCCGUAAGUGCUGCAUCGGCAGCCCAGGGCCCACACUCGCUCGCGGAAUUUGAUUGGGAGUCAUUGCCCAUACCGGUAAUUCCCCCCCAGCAGCGUAGGGAGAAAUUCACAGGGUCGGUAGGGCCGGUUUCACAUUUCGUUUCACCUUACGAAGCCUUCAUAUCAAUUUGGGACCGCAGCAUAAUGGAGGAUAUAGCUGCGGAAACAAAUCGGUACACGAAGCAAUCGCUGGAAGCCGCACUAAGUAAGGGCAGUGUGGGUCCUCACAGCCGGCUGCGCAUGUUUAAAGACACAGAUGCCGACGAGCUGUACGCCUUUUUUGCUUUGAUCCUUGCGACCGGCAUUGCCUUUAAAUCAGAUCUCACGGAAUACUGGACCGUCAAAGGCGAAGUAACCGAUACUCCGAAUUUUGGUCUUUACAUGACGUACACCAGAUUUGUCGCCCUUUCCCAGAUGCUGCACUUUGUGAAUAAUGAGAUUGAUAUUAGCCACCUCUCCAAAAGCGGCGCGAAAAUCACGAAGAUUGCCCCAAUUGCUUUUGAAAAGCCAAGGUUUUGA